UCCUAAUAAAGUAAUUCGUAAGGAGCCCCAUGUUGCUGUCAGUCCUCGGUAGAUCUCUGCUCAGUGCCAGACUGUCCGGAGCUUUCUCUAUAACUUCAGCUGCAAUGGCAGACGCCCUGGCUAACAUCCCCGUGGUAGAGAUUGACUCAGAGGGAACCUUUAAGUACAUUCUGCUCACAGUGAAAGUGAAAGAUGGGGAUGUGCAUAAAGAUAUAGUCCGAGGCACAAAAAGUGCAGAGUAUCACAAUCAUAUAUUUGAGAAGGUCAAUCCAGCUAUGGAGGCCUUGGGGAUGGAGUGUAAAUGCCUUGGAGGAGGGAAGAUAGAGCACAACAGCCAAGAGAAAAAACUGAGGGUGUUUGGAGAAUCAACUGCGUUUGGUAAAGCAGACCAUUCUGUGUCUGCGGAGAAGUUGAAGAGUGCCUUCAGCGACUACGAGAUCACCUGGUCUGACGACAAGAAAUAGAGUAAAUCUGCAACUCAUUAAAAUGUCUGCCUUUGUUAAUCAGUUCCAAUCCUUAUGUCCAACCAUAAUUUAAAUAAAACACACCAUUCUGCAUAUAAUAGAUGGUCCUGAUUCUCUAAAAGCACAAAAGAAGCACAAAAAUGUCCUCUUUGAUUACACGUUUUCUCCUCUUCAUUCAGCACGAUGUAAAGGAUGUGGUAUUAUCUAUUCUAACAUAAAUCCUCUAAUUAAAGUGUUUCAUUU